GCUCACCACCUCCAGUCCUCGAAGGCACGCAAGCGAAGUCACCAUGCUGUCGACCAAGUCUAUGGUUCUGGGUUACUGGGAUAUUCGCGGGCUGGCGCAUGCCAUCCGCAUGCUCUUGGAGUUCACUGAUACAUCCUAUGAAGAGAAACGGUACAUCUGCGGGGAAGCUCCUGACUAUGAUAGAAGCCAGUGGCUGGAUGUGAAAUACAAACUAGACCUGGACUUUCCUAACCUGCCCUAUCUCAUGGACGGGAAGAACAAGCUCACCCAGAGCAAUGCCAUCUUGCGCUACAUCGCCCGCAAGCACAACAUGUGUGGGGAGACUGAAGAAGAAAAGAUUCGAGUGGACAUCAUGGAGAACCAAAUAAUGGAUUUUCGCAUGCAGCUGAUAAGACUCUGCUACAGUCCUGAUCACGAAAAGCUGAAGCCUCAGUACUUGGAACAGCUACCUGGACAGCUGAAACAGUUCUCCUUGUUCCUGGGGAAAUACUCAUGGUUUGCAGGGGAAAAGCUCACGUUUGUGGAUUUCCUUACCUACGACGUCUUAGAUCAGAACCGUAUCUUUGAGCCCAGGUGCCUGGAUGAAUUUCCAAAUCUGAAGGCUUUCAUGUGCCGUUUUGAGGCUUUGGAGAAAAUAGCUGCCUACAUGCAGUCUGACCGCUUCCUCAAGAUGCCCAUCAACAACAAGAUGGCCCAGUGGGGCAACAAGAGACUAUACUGAGCACCAGGCGGACUUGCACUGCUUGUUUUGUUCCACCCUGUCCCUUGGGGACUGUACUCUCUCUUCUCUGCUCCUUUCAAUAAAUAGCACUUAGGCUCCUGG